CUCACACUCCCAAGACUCAUACAAGACUCACUACAACAACGCACUAUCUUCAAUUCUCUAAACUUUCUCAAGUUUCGCCAACAUGAAGUUCACCACCACUGCCGUUCUUGCCAUUGCCGCAUUCGUUGAAUCGGCCACUGCUCUGGGCAAGGCCCGUGUCGUCAACAAGUGCCCCUUCAGCGUCACCACCUGGUCCGUUGGCAGCGCCAUCUCUAACCCAACAACCCUUGCUCAAGGCGGUUCCUAUGGCGAGACCUUCUCGCGAGACCCCGUAACCGGCGGUCGUGCCAUCAAGGUUACCGUUCAGCCCGAUGGCCUCUACACUGGCAAGCCCCAGACCAACUUCGCCAUCAACCUUGAGGGCAACACCAUCUGGUACGAUCUUUCAGAUGUCUUUGGCGAUGCCUUCAACGGCCACAAGGUGGUUGUUUCCAGCGCCAACACUGCUUGCCCCCAGAUUGUUUGGGGCAGCGGUAUUCCUCCUGCGGGAAGCCAGGUCAAGAACUGCGGUGCGGAUAAGGAUGUGACUUUGACUCUGUGUGCAUAGAGCAAAGAGUGGAUGGAAAUAUGUCAAUGGAAGGGUCAAAAUCAAAUUUAUGAUAGAAUUUCAAGUCCUAGCUAUGUUUAAGACUUAUGACAGUAUGAAUUGAUGAGUUUACUUUAUUCUUCA